UUCGCUGUCACCUGUUCAUCUAGCUUCUUUUACUCUCCUCUUAUUCUCUCUAAUCUUAACUCUUUUAGCUUAAAAAUCUACUCUCAUCUUCCUUCGUUUUUAAGCUAAGUAUUACAAAUGAAAAUCAAAACUAGAAGUAUCUGUGUCAGACGCACACGAAGCUCAUUCAGAGCGCGUCCACUGCUCUCUUUACCGGAAGAAGUCCUUCUACUUAUUCUCAAGUUUUUACCUGCGAAAGACCUUACAAACUUAAGAUUGGUGUGCUCAAGCCUCAAAAACCUUAUAGAUACUUCUUCUUUUCUAUGGUUAACAGUUUCUUUUCCUGGCAUCUGGCCUUCUCCAAGAAAUCUUGGUAUUUUGGAAAGAGCUGCAAAUGUUGGUAAUAUUGAAGCAUUAAUCAAGAUAGGACUUGCUCAUUUGUAUAAUGAAGGAAUUACGGAAGACAAACGUAAUAGCACCAAUAAUGCACAAGUGAAUGGCAAAAUUGCCGCUGAAUUGUUCUGCAUGGCUGAGAGGUCUCUUGCCAACAGAACUCCAUUUACCUGGUUUUUUGUUCGUCCUCCUUGGGCUCCAAGUGGAGUGUGCUGUAAAGCUUGUGUGUUCAAGAAUAUGUUUGAAUAUUGUUCUGGCUCUGAGGCUAAUGACUGUUUGAAUAAAUCUCUUCUGUACUGUGUUGGAAAAAUUAUGAGCUUACAUCAGGAUGCAAACAAGAAGGAAGAAAGUAUACAAUGGCUAGAAAAAGCCAAGAGUCUUGGAUCUUGUCAUGCAGCUUUUGAAAUCUGGAAACUCAAAUCAACUGAACGAUCAUUGGAACCUUCUUUGACUUUGCAAAGUGUUCGGGAAUUGCGUGACAUCGCAAGCAGCGGCAAUAUAGAAGCUCAGCUCAUGCUGGCUAUGGAAUAUGCAGCUGGAAAUCUUGGAGGUGCUACAAAAGAACAAGUUUCUGAGUUUUUAACUGAGUUUGUUGCAAGAUCAAAAGCCAUGAAUGCACAUAGACUGUUUUCAUUUCAAACUGAGCUGAACAGCACAAUGAGGUGUAUUUUAGUAGACUGGCUUGUUGAAGUAGCAGUUAUGAAGGAUUUUUCAAGUGAAAUUGUUCACAUUGCUGUCAACUGUGUUGACCAGUUUAUAAUGAGAAGAAAAGUUCAGAGAUCUGAACUACAGCUACUAGGAAUCACUUGCAUUUUGAUUGCUGCAAGGUUUCAAGGGAAGGAUAUAGUUACUAUAAGAGAAGCUGCCUGGCUUACAGACAAUACGUAUAAAUAUGAAGAAGUUGUAAGAAUGAUGGGGGAAGUGAUGUCAUGUGUUCGAGGGCAAGUUAGGGUUCUCACUACUCCAGACUUCAUCAAACUCUUCAGCAGUCUAGCAGCUGUUGAUCGCACAACAGAGUGUCUAGCAUCGUAUAUCGCAGACUUAACUAUAUUACAUACAGAAUUUGGAAGGUUUUCUCCUUCGACUAUUGCUGCCUCCUGUUUACUUCUUGCUCGAGCAAUUCAAAAAAUAGAUUUACCAUGGCCACUUCACAUGCCACAGAUGUGUGGACUUAGGAUGACAGAUUUACUAGAAAGCACAUUCUUCUUACACCAAAAAUGUUUACUAGAUGAUUCUCCGAUCGACCAUAGAAAUGUCAAACUGAAGGCAAUCAAGGAAAAGUAUUCUGAUGAACGCUUUUCUAAAGUCAGUGAGUUUAAGAUUCCAAGUCGAGAAGAACUAAGGAGUUAUCUUGUUCCUCUAAGUCUUCGUCUAGAGCGAAACAGACUAAAAUCACAGCCUUCAACGAACAGCCUCACUCCCCCCAAUCAAGACAGCCUUCUAGAUACUAGUUUGAUAAGCUGUUUUUCUGAAAGUGGUUACGACGGCGACAUGGAGGACGAGGGGGACCUGGUGCUCGAAGACGUCAUGGAUGACGAAGAUAGCUUCUUUGAUGAGUUUCGUUCUCUUGACGAGCGGAGUAUGUUAAACAGGCAGUUGGGUGAUUCUUCAUUUCUAGCUUCUGAAGAAUAUGCUCGUUCAACAUCGACGCCGAGCAUCUUACGACAAAGCCACGACAAGGCAUUUUUCGAGGACGACUUAGAACCUAUGGAGAUAGAGCCCGUUGCUAUUGACAACGUGAUUGACAGUUCGAAUGAAGUUCACGCGCCGAUAGCACGACAACCUCUGAAACAAAUUGAAAACAAUGUAGAAAUUUCUGACGCUCCUCAAAAAUCCACGAUAAAGACAAACCAAAGACGCAAAGAAAUUCCUCUCAGAACACGACGAACAAGGCAAAGCACUGUACACGGAAUAGAGUCCUGAGGUCAAACAUUACUUGUGAUAGAAAUAUGUAGAAAGGCAAUUUUAUUAGGUGGUUUGCAAUCAUUCAAAGGGGGGGAUUUGGACAAUGUUUGAAGAUGUUGAGUAAACCUUAGCUUUAACUAUGAAUUUUCCCAUAUAUGACCUUCAUAUAUUUAUAUUUUAAUUCUCUGGAUCUCAAGUAACGUGAUGAGAUUGAUAUUUGCAGUUACAACCCAAUAACUAGCAAAUACCUGUGCUCGUUAAACACUACGUUGAAAACUUUAAAUUAAAGCAGAGACCUACUUGAAGAAAUCACUACGUAACCCACAAUGCAACGCACAACGACUUGUGCGCUUGCGCAAGGAAUAGUCAUCUCAUAAAAGAACUUUAAGGAAUGAUCGCAAACUGGAACAAAAUUCUAUACCAUGUAAAAUAUCAGUAUAUAAAUAUACGAUUCGUUCAGGUUUUAUUGUACAUAUAAUGAAGAUAUCAUAUAUAUUUAAUAGGUAAAACGAUAAUGUCGAAAUUUUCGUCUCUUUUUCUGCUAUAAAUUUAUUUGGUAAAACACUAGCUUAACCUAAUAUAUUCAGGGGAAUAUUUCAAACGUCUAACUGGCGCGACUUGCACCCGCAACACUCCGUUUAUAACUAACUCAACCAUUUCAGGAAUUUUAAACUUUCGUCAAAGUGCUUCUUAUUUGCAACGGUAUAUCUAUUUCAUUCAAAGCUUCUUAUAAACUCAAGAAUAGAAGUUUGUUAUUAAAAGACUAGCACACUGA